AUGCAGAUCGCCCACCUCCUAGCCCUCAGCGGCCUCAUGCUUGCAACCAGCGCCAGCGCCGGCGGGGAGCUCGACCGCAACGACGUCCCCAGCCCCUGCUGGGAGCCGUGCGGCCCCGUCGUCAACAUCUCGCACGCCUGCGACGCCCAGACCGACAACGACCGCGCCGAACUCCAAUGCGUCUGCGGGUGGGACCGCGCCGCCACGCUCAUCCCGCUGUGCGAGGCCUGCAUCGGGUAUUACCGGACCCAGCAGCAUCACGGUCACGAUCACGCUGAUGACCAUGACGAUGACAACGAUGAUGAUGAUGACAAUGACAAUGACCGACACGAUAACGACGCAUACGAUAUCCUGACCUCAUGCUCCCUUUCAACCACCACCUGGAACCCGGCGGCGGCGACCUCGGUGCUGAGCGCGGUGAAUGCGUCGAUGACUGGGAGUCGGGAAAGUGUUAGUACCACCGGUGGUAGUAGUGGUGCGACUGGUCGGGGUGAUUCGGGUACGGCGACGGGCGCGGUCUCUGCGGAGGGGGCUCGAGUCACUGAUAAUGCGGCGCCGGGUGUGGUCGGGGGUCGCGGGGCUGCGUCUUUUGCGGCUGUUGUUGGGGUGGGGUUUCUUGCUUUGUUGUGA